ACUGAAGCAUUGUGUGAAAGCGUGGGCUAUCGUCCGAUCGACGAAGCGCUCGCGGAGCACGUGAGAACCAACGGCUUGCACAUCUGCACGGAGGUCGUCGAGGAUGCCAGGAAAGCAAUACUCCGAGGGGCCGAGCAAAUCUUCGCAAUUAUUGCGAUGACUACCAACAUUGCAGACGGCGAACUGACGCUUAGCGGAGUGCAGUUGUUGGGCCAGGAUCUGCCUGAUGUCAAAGGCUUUCUGCAGCAUCAGAUCUUCGUCUCCGCUGUCAAGCAGGGAAAGGAGUCCAAGCGCUCGGCGACCGAAUCGCCUGCGGCUGCCACAAAGUGCAGAACGCUGGGAAAGUCGCCUACGGCAGGCAGCGUUGACAGCAUUGAAUCCGCAGAGCAGCUGCGAAAGAAACUUUUCCAGUGA